AUGAGGAGGGAGAACCAGAGCAGCGUGUCUGAAUUCCUCCUCCUGGGGCUCCCCAUCCGGCCAGAGCAGCAGGGCGCGUUCUUUGCCCUGUUCCUGGGCGUGUACCUGACCACGGUGCUGGGCAACCUGCUCAUCAUCCUGCUCAUCAGGCUGGACCCUCGUCUCCAUACCCCCAUGUACUUCUUCCUCAGCCACUUGGCCCUCACUGACGUCUCCUUCUCAUCUGUCACCGUCCCUAAGAUGCUAGUGAGCAUGCACACCCAGGACCAAUCCAUCCCCUAUGGAGGCUGCAUAGCACAGAUGUAUUUUUUCAUAUUUUUUACUGAUCUGGACAGCUUCCUUAUUACCUCCAUGGCGUAUGACCGCUAUGUUGCUGUAUGUCGCCCCCUUCACUACACCACCAUCAUGAGGCAGGAGCUGUGUGCCUCCCUAGUGGCUGGAUCCUGGAUCCUGUCUGGUGCCAGCUCCCUUUCUCACACUCUCCUCCUGACCCAGCUAUCCUUCUGUGCUGACCACACCAUCCCCCAUUUCUUCUGUGACCUUGGUGCUCUGCUCAAAUUGUCCUGCUCAGACGUCUUCCUCAAUGAGUUGGUCAUGUUCACAGUAGGCGUGGUGGUCAUUACUCUGCCAUUCACAUGCAUCCUGCUAUCUUAUGGGUACAUCGGGGCCACCGUUCUAAGGGUCCCUUCAACCAAAGGAAUCUGCAAAGCAUUGUCCACGUGUAGCUCCCAUCUCUCUGUAGUGACUCUAUACUAUGGGUCAAUAUUUGGGCAGUAUCUCUUCCCAACAUUGAGCGAUUUCAUUGACAAGGACAUCAUUGUGGCUCUCAUGUACACGGUGGUCACACCCAUGUUGAAUCCCUAUAUCUACAGCCUUAGGAACAAGGACAUAAAAGGGGCCCUGGGGAAACUCUGCAGUAGAGCAAUGCUUUUCUUCCAGUGA